AUGGAUUAUUCAUUAAUUGAAAUUAAAUUGCGUCGAUUUAUAUACUUGGGUCAUACAAGUUCAAUUUAUGUACACCCAACUUACCAAAGAACAUUCUGGAAAGAUGAAAAAGACAGUUAUGAAUUUCAAGGUAUACAAUUGAUUCAAAAGAUUAUUGAAAAAAAUAAAACUGAAGAUAUUAAUUCUAUCAUUCCAAUAAUCUUAAAGAUAGAAAAAGAGAAUAAACUUCAAAAUUAUGAGUAUUUAAUGUAUAUAUUGGCUGUAUGUGUAAAAUUUAAAAAAGAUGAGUGUCAAAAAAUGAUAACUGAUGCUUAUGCAGCUGUUAAAAUCAUUUGUACAGAUGGAUUUAAAUUAUUGAUGUUCUAUGUAUUUUGUAAAACUGCUGCUAAGAUUCUCCACAAACAAGGAUAUAUACCUAAGAAAUCUUUAGGUUAUGGUAAUGGUGCUCGAAAGUUAUUCACAAAAUGGUAUCUCGAUAAAAAUCCAUUGGAGACAAUUUCAUCAAUAAUAAGACUAAAGAUAUUUCGUGGUGUUAGUCACAAACAUAUUAUGAAUACAAUUCAUCUCAGUUCAAAAGACCCAAGUCAUAUGAUUUAUAUUCUGUUUAUACGAUUUGGUAUAACCCAAAUGGAAGAAAUAUAUGGACAAAAAAUGCAGAAAGUAAAAGUCAUUGAAGGGAGAUCAUUAGUGGAACAACUGUGUAUUUACAACUAUAUUAGAUUAGUGCAUCGUAUAGAUUUUGAAGAAGAAAGUAAAAAAAUAGCUGAUUUGAAAUGGAAUAUUUUGGGGAAAGACUUUCAUCGAUUAUAUCCAAAAAUGCUACACAGUACAAAAGUUUUAACUUCUUUUGUUUGGCAUUUACCACUGACAACAUUAUUAGAGAAUACUUACUCCUUUCAUCGCCAUGGCUUAUUUAAAAAUUUAUGGGGUAAUCACGGCUGUAUGGAAUUUAUAUUGCGCUUCAAAGAUCGUAUAGCAGUAAAACAAGCUGGAAUACAUCCAAUAGACUCAUAUUUAGAAUAUUUAAAAUAUCAGCGAUAUGGCGCUGUGGUUAGCACAAUUAAAAGAAAAAAAGAAAACAAUCAAAAUAUGUUCUUUGUCACACCUGAGCUUGAAUCAAAUGUGGUUAGCGCUGUUAAAACAAAAAAAGAAUACAAUGAAAAUAUGUUCUUUGUCACACCUGAGCUUGAACCAAAGUUUUCUGAUAAUAUCAAGCUAAGAAUGAAAAAUGGUAAAAAUGAACUUAAAAAAAGUUGUAAAACGUUUCACAAUAAUAGUCAUCUAUUUUUUAUGAAGCCAAUUCCAUCUCCUGCAGAAGAACUACAAAAAUUUUUAUCAUUUAGUUUGGUGAAAAAAACUUUAAAAAACUUAAAACCAUCAGGUCGUCGGUUACUUAUAGCUUAUGAUAAUCGAAGAUCUAUGGAGUCACUUAAUUGUCAAUAUAUGCAUGUGAAAUUUGUCAAAGUCAUUGAUGCUAUCGUGUUGAUGAUACAGUCAAUAAUUCACCAGGAGAAAUCAAACAAACCAAUGAUAUGCGCAUUAUUUGAUCCAGUUCAUCGAUUUAAAUUUAUUAAUAUUGACUAUCGUCCACAAUUAACAACAAAAUACAUUCAAAAUUGUUUGUUCAAAAAGUCCGUCAAAAUACAUAACGAUUGUCAAGGUAAUAGACCAUUAAAAACCAUUGAUUGGGCUGGAACACACGGAAAAAAACUUGAUGUGUUUCUGUUUCUGGGAACUGCUGGAAUGAAUUUAAAAUAUAUAAAAAAAACCAAAAAAAGAUAUGAAGCAUUUUCAAAUUCAAAAAUUAAGAUUAUUAUUUGUUGUCUAAACGGACAACAUUCUGAACAAAGAAAUAUUAGUCGUGAUGAGUUUUAUCCAACUUCAGCAGUUUCUAUUUCAAAAACCAAACUAACUGAAUAUCAGAGAUAA